UGUGUCUAGCGUCACACAGGUCUACUUACUAACGGGGAAAUAACAGGGUAUUGGUAGUGAAAAAAGUACCGUUUUGAAAUUACGACUUUGUGGAAAAUAUGGAGUUUCUUAUAGGAAGCCCCUUCUCUUCUCCUGUUGGACAACGAAUUGAACGAGCCACCAGCGCCGUGCUGCAUUCAGAGGACUGGGCCCUUAACAUGGAGAUAUGUGACAUCAUCAACGAGACAGACGAAGGACCCAAAGAUGCAGUCAAAGCCAUAAAGAAGAGGAUUGUGGGUAAUAAGAGCUUCAGGGAGAUCAUGUUGGCUCUGACAGUUCUGGAGGCGUGUGUGAAGAACUGUGGCCAUCGGUUCCACGUUCUAGUGGCGUCCCAGGACUUUGUGGAGGGGGUUCUGGUACGAGCCAUCCUGCCCAAGAACAACCCUCCCACCACCCUGCACGACCGGGUGCUGAGCCUCAUACAGGCGUGGGCCGAUGCGUUCCGUAGCUCUCCCUCCCUAGGAGGUGUGGUCUGUGUGUAUGAGGAUCUGAGGAGGCGGGGCCUGGAGUUCCCUAUGACCGACCUGGACGCCCUCUCCCCCAUCCACACUCCCCUCAGGAGCAUUCCAGAGAACGACUCCUCUGUUACAGUGCCAGCUCCACCUCCUCAGAGUCAGACUCCCCGUGGCCCUGCUGCCUCGGUCCCUACCCAGGCUGCACUGACUGCCUUGCCCCCACAGCUCAGCGAUGGACCCAUCUCCAUCUCUCCUCAACAGGCCCAGAAGCUGAGAGUUGACCUGGCUCUGGUCAGGGGGAACCUGACUGUGAUGACUGAGAUGUUGAACCAGCUGACGCCUGGACAGAGCCAGCAGGAGGACUCAGAGCUACUGCAGCAGUUGUACCAGGUGUGUAGGGAGAUGCAGAGCCGUGUGGUGGAGCUGAUCCCCAGGCUGGUGGACGAGGGCCUCAUAGAGGAGCUGCUGGUCGUCAACGAUGACUUAAACAAUGCCUUCAUCCGCUACGACAGGUUUGACAGACUCAAUAAGGCCCAGAGAACAACUACAGAGCAGCAGACUCCUGCCAGGGCCAACCUCAUUGACCUCAGCCCUAUGCCCCAGUCCCUCAGCCAACCAGCAACCACCUCUGCGGCCGCCAGCCAACCCGCAUUCAGCGCUCCCUCCAAUCAGAGGCAGGCAGCCAACCACAGUGCACCAGAGGAGGAUGAGUUUGACAUGUUUGCCCAGACCAGGGGCAGCUCUCUGGCCGAUCAGAGGAAGAGUAUGCGGUACGAGGACCCAGGAGCAGUGGAAGGACUGGCUGGAGCCCUGGACACCAGGUUGCAGGUUACUGGAGCGAUUCCUUCAUCUAAGCCUAACCCUAAGAACUCCACCCUGGAAGACAUUGACAGAUGGCUGUCUGCGGACACAGAAACGCAACCAGAGGCUGGGGACAGGGAAGGGCUGACCAGUGAGGAGUUUGACAAGUUUCUGGAGGAAAGGGCGAAGGUGGCCGACCACAUUCCCUCAACACGCAGCCUGCCCCCCGUCUCGUCCAGGCCCCCGCCACAAUCCGCCCGGCAACAGGAGAGCUCCCAUGAUCAGCUUUUCUCACUCUGAGAGAGCGGCGCCCACACAGCAGAGGUGGACUCACAGGUCGACACACAAUCCUAGCCUACACUGGUCAGCACAUAGGAUGAACACGCACAGUGCCUUGCUACCUUUUUAAAUCAUACAGUGUUUCUACUUUGAAAUGAAGAUGUUUUUCAGUCUUCACUUUGUGCUGUUGCUGUAGUUAGUCUAUGACAUGAUGACAAUCAGUUAUGCUGUGGUGGCACUUUACUUUACCUUAUCACUGUGGAUAUAUCGCCUGAGUAUGCACGCUUGGUAGCUCACACACACACACACACACACACACAGUGUGCAAUGUCACCACCUUGUGGUGGUAUCACAUCAUUCAAUCCCUUUUUGCCUAUACAGUAAGGGUACAAAACAUUAAGAACACCUUCCUAAUAUUGACUCCGCCCGCCCGCCCUCAGAAUAGCCUCAAUUCGUCUGG